CAACGCUUCUUGCUCAUCACCACCACCGACACCCCAUCUUCUUCCUCCUCACACACUCUUCAUCAUGGUGCGCAUCCAGACGAGAUGCGAUUCAGAAGACAGGCGUGCUGUCAAUGGAGUCUCUGCUACGAGUAAAAUGCUGCCAGGGGAGGGCAAGCAGCGAAAGAGAUGGGAUGGGCAUUCCUCGUGAUGAUUCGGACGAUGGACGUCGAUCGCAGGCAUAUGGGCAGGGCGUGGGCAUGCCAAGUCGAGAAUUAUUUGGCAGUCGACUGGCGUAGAAAAGCGUGAUGCUGGCGAGAAGACUGGGAAAGAUGGGAGGUUGAAAGGAGGAUCGGCAAAACAGGCAUAGAGGCAGCAUCAGGGCUGGCCGACCGUGCCGCCCUGUCAUCAUCUCGUAGCAGAGACUUCUCACCAGACAGCACGCCGUGCUCCUCAUGGGUGAUGAAUGGCGUACUCACCUCCCCCUUCCCUCCCACGCUUCUGCCUCACAGGGACGAGUUCGCACCAAGACGACGAAGCGCGCUGCCCGCGUUCUCAUCGAGAAGUACUACCCUCGCCUCAACGCUGUCGACUUCCACACCAACAAGAAGGUCAUUGACGAGGUCGCCAUCAUCCCCUCGAAGCGUCUGCGCAACAAGAUUGCCGGCUUCACCACCCACUUGAUGAAGCGUAUUCAGAAGGGACCCGUUCGCGGUAUCUCCUUCAAGCUCCAGGAGGAGGAGCGUGAGCGCAAGGACCAAUACGUCCCCGAGGUCUCUGCCCUGGACCCCUCGGUCGCUCCCCUCGAGGUCGACGUCGAGACCAAGGAGAUGCUCCGUGGCCUCGGCUUCGACUCGAUCCCCGUUCAGGUCACUGCCGUCGCUGCCCCCAACGUCGACAUGGGACGUGCGGGCCGCCGUCACGUCGUCGGUGCUCGUCGCUAAGCGGUUGCGUAGGCGUAGGAGGGCAAGUUGGAUAUAGACGUUGGAGGAGAGCAGGCGAAGCGGAGAUCAUCUGGUCUCCCUAGCAUCGUCAGUAGGUGCUCGGUGAUCAGCUGUGGUACUCCUAGCAUCAUCGGCACGCUCGAUUCCACCCAUCUGUAGUCUGCAUUGCAGCCCCCUUUGCGCCGCCACCUCUUACGAUGACUCCUUGACACAUUGGCCAUACGAAUCGA